AUGCAGCCCCAACCCUUCACCCCCAUGGGCGGCGACUUUCUUCAUAUCGCGCUCGACGUCGCCGGCGAUGGCAAAUUGCCAGUUCCACCACGUUCAACGUCCGACCCGUUGACACAGGUCUACAACUUCACACUCUUCCUCACAUCCAUCCCGCUGCAGAAGAACUUCACAAUCUCCAACAUCACGACCGCCACGCCGCCUUUUGCAGAUAUCAUGCAGCAAGAACUCGGACAAACCGUCAAACACAUCAACUUCGAAUGGCCCGAGUGUUUAGUUGGCGAUGGUCAAGACACCCAAGGCACCCAGCGCGGCGAAUACAACAUCUCCAUACACCAAAACUUCAGACUCAAUGGCGCGGACCGCUACAGUAUUUUUAAUCUACCGAUCAGCGUUACGAAUAGUAUCAAUCGCUUCCCUGGCGCUGGACAACUGAGUACGAAACCCAUCCCCGGGCCGUUGAGUGCGAAUGGUGGAAGGAUGAACUGCGAUUUGAUAUCCAAUCCGAUGAUGGACUUCAACACAUUAGUCAGCAGUGUGAACAAUCCUCCGGGCCAACCCUUCCAGGACAUCCAGAUUGAGACGAGCGCCAGGAGUGAUGGUGGUCAGGUUGGUGGCCCAGGACAGGGUGGAGGGAACGGAAACAAUGGUGGAAGUGGCAACGGCAAUGGAAAUGGAGGUAACAACUUCGGGAAUGGUAAUGGCAAUGGAGGCAACAACUUUGGGAAUGGAAAUGGCAAUGGAAACAACUUUGGAAAUGGUGGAAACAAUGGUGGUAAUGGGAACGGCCAAGGCCAAGGCCAAAUCGCACCGAACAACGGUUCGCCGGGACAGGCAAUCGGAGGCGCGGCGGAAGUGAUUGGUGUCUCAAUCUGGGCUAUGAUCAUGCUAUCGACCACGAUAGUCUUGUUCACAGCAAUAGUUUGGUCGACUGCGGCGAUGCGCCAAUGGAAGAAACAAUUGCAAAGGAAAUCGUUUCUCAUGUUCGCCUCGUCUAGCUACGUCUCCAGAUCCUCCACCUUCUCUCCCUCUGCUGCCCACCUUCCACAUCUGUCACACCCUGUCUCGUCGCAGCUAAUGCGUUUUCGCGUCCUAUUACACUCUGGCCAGCCCAGAAGUAUCGCCAACUCGUCACCGAGGGUGCGGUUGCGGCUGGUGCAGCCGGAGGUUCUUCAACGGUCAUCGGCUCAACUACCGCCGUCUCGGCAGCCUCUUCCUCCUCGUACGCCUGCAUAUCUUCUUUCGAGAUAUACGCUGUUCGACAUAUCGGACAUGUUGUCUUUCGCAAGACGAACCACGAUACGAGACACUCGGCGUGGAAGGUGUGGGAGCACGUGCGGAGUUUCAGGAUGGCGUCAGCCUCGCUGGGAGGAGGUGUGGUAG